UUUUAGCUGUUGCGUUGAAUUCAUGUUCAUUGCUUGUCAUUUGUUUCCAAUCACCAUGAACAGACCAGAAACAUCAAUUUUAUUUGAUCGAUCGAAUGGAAUUUUAAAGUCUGCUUCGCUUUUUUGUAUUUUGUUCGAUUUAAAGUCGGGUUGUUUAUAUACUUGUUUACUUUGAUUGAUUUAUUUAUGAAUUGAGCUUGUAGUUUAUGUUUAAUUUCAAUGGUGAAAUGCCUGUCGGAGGUUUUGUUCAUGUAUAAGCAAAUUCUAUGUUUGGUUUUUGUGAUGCAAGAAUUCUGAAUCUUUCCAUUUCUUCCAAAGUAUGAUGCAAAAUUCUUCCCAUUCUCCCUCUCUUUUUAGUUUAAACCAAACCCACCUCAAUUCAUUGAUUUCACUCAUCAAAUCCACCACCCAAACAACCCAAUUGCUUCAAAUCCAUGCAUACCUCCUUCGCACAUCCCUUCUUCAACAAUCCAACUUCUCUGUCCCUUUUCUACAACGUAUAACCCUGCCACCCUUUCAAAUUUUGAACUAUUCCCUCCAAAUAUUCUCUCAAAUUUUAAGACCCAAUGUUACGCACUAUAACACCAUGAUCAGAGCUUAUGCAAUGAGUAUUCAUCCGGAAAGAGGGUUUUAUGUGUACCGCGAUAUGAUGCGUCAAGGUAUUCGUCCCAAUCCUCAAUCAUCUUCUUUUGUUACCAAAUCUUGUAUAAGGGGUUCUUCCUUAUUUGGAGGGUUACAGAUUCAUGCUAGGAUUUUGAGAGAUGGGCAUCAUUCUGAUAGUCUUUUGCUCACUACCUUGAUGGACUUUUAUUCGUGUAGUGGCAAGUGUGACAACGCAUGCAAGGUGUUCGAAGAAAUGCCUUUACGAGAUACUGUUGCUUGGAAUGUUUUGGUUUCAUGUUAUACCCGUAACAACAGGACCCUUGAUGCAUUAGGCGUGUUUGAUUCGAUGCAAAGCGGUGAACAUGGGUGUGAUCCAGAUGAUGUUACCUGCUUGCUACUACUUCAGGCUUGCUCUAACCUGUGUGCACUUGAAUUUGGUGAGCGUAUUCAUGAAUAUAUUAAAGAUCAUGGUUACCAUCAUGCUCUCAAUCUUUGCAAUUCUCUUGUAGCAAUGUAUUCCAAGUGUGGACAAUUGGACAAGGCCUAUGAAGUAUUUCAGGAAAUCCCUAACAAGGAUGUUGUUUCUUGGACGGCUAUGAUUUCUGGUUUUGCAAGUAAUGGAAGGGGACGAGAAGCAAUCAGCGUUUUUAGGGAGAUGGAGAGGACGGGUAUCCCACCGGAUGAGCAAACAUUCACAGCAUUGCUAUCCGGUUGCAGCCAUUCUGGCCUGCUUGAUGAAGGAAGGUUGAUUUUUGAUCGUAUGCAAAGAGAGUUUGGUGUUGUGCCUAAUAUCCAUCACUAUGGCUGUGUUGUUGAUCUCAUGGGUCGUCUCGGCUUGGUUGAAGAUGCCUACGAGCUUAUUAUGUCCAUGAGAUGUAAGCCAGAUGCAACAAUAUGGAGAACUUUACUUGGAGCUUGCAAAGUACGUGGUCAUGUUGAACUUGGAGAACGAGUGAUUGAGCAUUUGAUCGAGCUCAAGGCUCAAGAAGCAGGCGACUACAUCCUACUUUUGAAUAUUUACUCGUCCGCUGGCAAUUGGGAGAAAGUAAUAGAAACGAGGAAACUAAUGAAAGAGAAAGGGAUUCAAACAACUCCAAGUGCUAGCACGAUCGAACUGAAAGGGGAAGUACACAAGUUUAGAGUUGAUGAUACUUCUCAUUCGCGAAUUAAUGAAGUUUAUGAGAUGAUGGAUGACAUCGAGAAGCAAUUAAAGAUUGGUGGUUAUGUUGCUGAAAUAACCAAAGAAAACGAAGGCAGCUUAUCUUACUCUUACCAUAGUGAGAAACUGGCCUUGGCUUUUGGGGUUCUUGCAAGUCCUCCAGGGACAAAACUAAGAGUGGCAAAGGACCUGCGAAUAUGCAUCGAUUGUCAUAAUUUUGCAAAGAUGCUUUCCGGGGUUUAUAAUAGAGAGGUGAUUAUAAGAGAUCGUACACGCUUUCAUCAUUUUAGGGAAGGUCGAUGUUCAUGUAAUGAUUUUUGGUAGACUUGUUCUUGUUUCAUGUAUUAUGCUAUAUUAUAUAAAAGUUGCUGUAAAUUGCAAUA